GUGCAGAUCGCCGGCAGACCCUCUGCGACGCCGACGUCGAAACGCACGGCGCUACGGUCGCGAUCCGUCAACUGUUGCUUCUGAUUCACCCGCCGCUCUCAGUUUCAUACUGUCAACAGAGCAGACUCUGGUAUGUGGCGAUGUUGCUGCGCAUGCUGCGACUGCUGUCAACCAAGUGUCCAGGAUGAGACCACGCUAUUAGGCUGCCAACGACCUCAAGAUGGCCACCUGUACACUGUUCGCCGCAUAUCAAGUUUUGGGAGAACAGUCUCUAAAGAAGAUCUAGAUGAUUCCUACACUGAUCUCAGAUCUGCCACUCCUCAGCAGUUUUCUGACAACAUAGCUGGACAGCUAAAAGUCUGCAGAGUGCAGCCUGAGCCCAAUGACUGUGAAUAUGCUGCCAGUACUCCACCUCCAACUCCAAGUCCUGCAGGCAGGAGGAAAGGUCGCUGGCAUCGUGCACUGGAUACACUGCGUCCUCGGUCUAAUAAGAAUCUUCCUCUUAAGGCUGUCAAACAGUCAGCAACUUUGCCCUCUAUCACAGUAUCCUCACCAGAUAUUGUUAGGGACAUCAAAAUGCAGGAAGCAAAACAGUGUGUUCCAGUGGAAGAGCCUAACUUGAGACACGCAGGAACAAUGGUAGACAUAAGUUCUGUAUCAGUUUUAAACAACACUGCUAGCUGGUUAAAAUCACAAAGUAUGCAGGAUAUAACAAGUGAAACAGAGCUGCAUAUAGAAGGAGAAAGUACACCAAAAAUCAAGUCUGGAGAUCUUGCUCGAUCUUUUGGUAUUGAUACAAGCCUGUAUACUACUAGUAGAUCAAGUAGCCCUGGAGCUCACUAUCAGUGUGGUGACAUCAUUGACAGCAUCUAUACAUUACCAGAUAUUUCUGGAAAAGAAUGCACAGUUGCACAAGAUUUUCCAAGUGGACUCUUAGACUUCAGUUGUUCCUAUUUUCCAAAGAGCAAAAAGUUACUAGUGCAUGUUAAUAAGAUAGAAGACCUGGAAGUGAAAAAUGAGAAUAAUACAUAUGAAAUAAAUUUGAGGUUGACAAUAUUACCAGCAGAGAAGCACAACAAGAACUCAAAAUCUUACAAAGUGACACAAGUUGUUGAAAUAGAAGAGGACUUUCAGUUUACUUUGAAGGACAUAUCAGAGAAGACAUUGAGAAUAUCAGUUUACAACAUAAAGAAUAUUGGAAAAUAUAGUGCAAUUGGCCACACUCUUUUAAACCUUGAAGAUGUACCUUUUGGAAAGGCACAAAGAUAUUCAUUGAAGCUCUAUAAACAGUCACAACAACAACGGAACCUUGGAAAUGUGAUGGUCUCCAUGUCAUACCAAAGCAGUGACCAGCAGCUUAUAAUUCAUGUGAAGAAAGCAAAAAGCCUUUCAGGAUCACACAUUGUAAAAAAUAAUAAAGCGACAGUGAAAUGGAAUACUUUUGUUAAAAUCACUUGCUUCUGUGGUGAUGAGAAGAUCAAAACAAAAAAGUCACCUGUAAUUCAGGAUGAGCAAAAUCCUGUGUACGACUACAGUUGUGCUCUCAAGCUACCAUCAGAACAUUCGGAUGAAUGCUAUGUUGUUAUAUCUGUGAUGAUGAAAGGACUAUUUAAGAAAGAUAUACCGAUUGGGCGUCUGAUACUGGGACCCUCUUUUUACUCAGGACAUGCUGCAACCAUAUGGGGAAGGGUUAUGCUUUACCAUGAGUCCAUAACACACUGGUUUCCCUUGUAUUUAUAGUGAUAAAAAUGCUUAUAACUUUGUAUUUACUUCUUGGAUGAUGCUUAAAUGUUCAUGUGCACAUAG